AUGGCCGCAAACCAAGGACCCCGCCGUGUCGGACAGUGGCUGUAUCUGCGCCCGGAAUGCAUCGACGAGUACAAGAAAUGCCAUGCUGCUGUGUGGCCUGCCGUGCUGGCGCAGAUCAAGGAUAGUAAUGUGCACGAUUACAGCAUAUACCUCAGCACAACGCCGCGGCCAACGCUGUUCGCGAGCUUCAAGUACACGGGGACGGCGUUCGACGAGGAUAUGGCGCGUAUGGCUGCGAAUCCCGCGGUGCAGGAGUGGUGGCGCAUGACGGAUGGGAUGCAGGAGAGUCCUGUGGAGGGCGCGGUCGGGUCGAAAGAUGGGCCUGGGUGGUGGGGGCAGACUGAGGAGGUUUUUUAUGUGGAGUAG